AAAGCGGUAAAAAGCGCUGACACGCCGUCACACGGGGCUGCUGGGGGUUUGUUGUCUUCAGUUGAGAAUCAGACCGCAGUUUGAUCUUCAUCUCCUCUUAUUUCACUGUGAAGAUGCUCCACAGUCUGAAAGCCACUGAGCUGCAGGGCGGAGGAUUCUGCUUCGACAACAGCCGCAGGAAUGCAGUGCUGGAGUCCAGUUUGUCCGAGGUGGGCUACAAAGCCCCUAGUGCCAGAAAGACAGGGACCACCAUCGCUGGGAUUGUUUACAAGGAUGGAGUGAUCCUGGGAGCAGACACCAGGGCCACAGACGACAUGGUGGUGGCCGACAAGAACUGCAUGAAGAUUCACUACAUCGCUCCAAAGAUCUACUGCUGCGGGGCCGGCGUAGCUGCAGAUGCAGAGAUAACCACACAGAUCAUGGCGUCCAACGUCGAACUGCACAUGCUCAACACCGGGCGACCCCCACUGGUCACCAUGGUAACCCGACAGCUGAAACAGAUGCUGUUCAGGUACCAAGGUCAUAUUGGUUCUUCUCUGAUCGUUGGAGGGGUCGAUGUGACCGGAGCUCACCUGUACAGUGUUUAUCCUCAUGGCUCCUACGACAAGCUGCCUUUCGUUACCAUGGGCUCUGGAUCUGCAGCUGCUGUGUCUGUAUUUGAAGACAGAUUCAAACCAAACAUGGAGCUUGAAGAGGCCAAGCAGCUCGUACGAGAUGCCAUUGCUGCAGGGAUUUUCUGUGACCUGGGUUCAGGCAGUAACGUGGACCUGUGUGUUAUCACUGACGCUGGAGUGGACUACCUGCGAGGCUAUGACAAGCCUGCGACAAAGGGCAAAAGAGAGGGACAGUACAGGUAUAAGCCUGGCACCACAGCUGUCCUCACCAAAACUGUGACCCCGUUCUCCCUGGAUGUGCUCGGCGAGUCUGUUCAGGUCAUGGACACUGAAUGAAAUACAAUGAAAUGCUUCUUUUGGAAUACAGUCUUUUCAGUAUACAGUAGCACGUCAUUGCACAAAAAAAAAGCCAGUGUUGAUCAGUGCAUUUAAAGCAGGUUGUUUAAUACCUUUAAAGCAUCAUUGCCUGUAAACAAAGUAGUCUACUAAUAAAAGCUUCUGUUUGUUGCA